CUCUUUUUCUCUCGUCCAGAAGUAUAUUAUAAUUUAAUACGUGGACAAGUUUUUCUAGAUCCAUUCCGCUCCUCCCUUUCCAUUAUCCUCCAACCCAUUUUCUUAAAAUUCCUCUUAUUUUGUUUUCCUUGUGCUAAUCAUGGAGAUGGAGGAAGCUAAAGUGGUUGAAGCCAAGGAUGGAACCAUCUCUGUUGCCUCUGCCUUUGCUGGUCAUCAAGAAGUUGUACAGGAUAGAGACCACAAAUUCUUAACAAGAGCAGUUGAGGAAGCAUAUAAAGGGGUUGACUGUGGGGACGGUGGUCCAUUUGGUGCUGUUGUAGUUUGCAAUGAUGAAGUUGUUGUAAGCUCCCACAAUAUGGUUUUGAGAAACACUGACCCUACCGCACAUGCAGAGGUUACUGCUAUAAGAGAGGCAUGCAAGAAGCUCAAUCAAAUUGAGCUCUCAGAUUGUGAAAUAUAUGCCUCCUGUGAACCUUGCCCAAUGUGCUUUGGUGCCAUCCAUCUCUCGAGAAUCAAGAGAUUGGUUUAUGGAGCCGAAGCUGAAGCAGCCAUAGCAAUUGGAUUUGAUGAUUUCAUUGCGGAUGCAUUAAGAGGUACUGGAUUCUAUCAAAAGGCUCAGCUGGAGAUCAAGAAAGCCGAUGGCACGGGGGCUGUCAUUGCAGAACAAGUUUUUGAGAAGACAAAAGAAAAGUUUACCUUAUAUUGAUUGUAUCUUCAAUCACAAAUUUAACAUAGUUUACCUCUCAUGUUUACCUUACCUUCUUUGAUACAGUCAUGUUUGCAUUGUUAUCAAUUGGGAAAAGGAAAAAGAAAAAAACACUAUCAUUGUGGUCAAACGAUAAGGAGAUCUUUGCUGUUUAAUAAAGCAGUGCAAUCUCAUUAAUAUCAUGAAUCAGUGACUU